AUGACAGGGCCAAGUAAGAAACUAUUAUCUAUACAAUCUCAUGUAAUUCAUGGGUAUGUAGGAAAUAAAGCGGCGACUUUCCCAUUACAAUAUAAUGGAUGGGAUGUUGAUGCUUUGAAUACAGUUCAAUUUAGUAAUCAUCCCGGGUAUGAUUCCUUUAACGGGUAUAAAUAUGGAUCGCAAGAAUUAUAUGAUAUUGUAUCUCGAGGAUUAUUGAAUGGAUUGAAGAUUCGAUACGAUGUCUUGUUGACAGGAUAUUUACCCUGUGUGGCGAGUUUAAAUAAUUUAAAUGAAAUUGCGAAUCAAAUGAAACAGAUGAAUCCUGAUUUGAAAUGGAUUAUGGAUCCAGUAUUGGGAGAUAAUGGUAGGUUGUAUGUUCCCGAGGAGAAUAUACCUGCUUACACUGAAAUACUACGUAGAAAUCAAUUAUAUUUAGUUACCCCCAACCACUUUGAAAUGGAAACUUUGACUGGUUGUAAGAUUAACAGUUUAUCAAGUUUGAAAGUUAGCUUCCACCGGUUCCAUGAGUUAUAUCCUAAGGCAGAGAGGAUUGUAGUGACAAGUAUUGACCUAUCUGUUGGAGAGAACGAAGUAGGAGAUCAGAAUCCAUUUUAUUUAGUCGCCUGUUGUGACACAACUACAACAAGAGGUACAGGCUCUGAUGAAAUAGAGAUCUAUUUUUACCAAGUCCCCAAGAUACAUGCUCAGUUUAGUGGGAGUGGUGAUCUCUUCACGGCAUUGUUACUCAAUGCGUUGUUGAAUAUGUCGUCCAUUAUCACAUUAUCGGCAGCGACAUCGCAAGUGAUAUGGACAGUCAACCAAAUCUUGGAAAGGACAUACAAGUUAUCUCUUGCAGAAGAAGAACAAGAACAUAACGAUAAGAGAAUCAACAACAACAUCAACAAGAAAAAGAUCAUUAAAGAUUUGAAAUUGAUACAAUGCAAAGAUCUCUUUAAUAAAUUUCCUAAUCGGGAAAUAGAAACCCUAGCCGCCAAGCUUCUUGACUAA